UGUUUUGAGUUUAGAAGUGAGAUAAUGAGAGAGGUGUCACCGUGCAUUCUGGAAAGAUUUGUAAUAGCUCAAAAUGAUUGCGGCAGCCAAUUCGCCAAAGAAAACGUUUGCAAAGUAUGCUGCGCAGAAGUUUCAAAGUUUUCAUUCCAAGAAUGCCGAGAGGACACCGCUGAAACAAUCUUUACAUCAUUUCAAGACUACUCUCGAUCAAAAUGCUGCUCGUGCAAUUUCGCUAGCGAUAUUUCGUUACACUGCAGAAAGAGAACAACCACAAAGCUCGUUUCUCAACAAACCUAUUUUCAGAGAAUUAAUAAGAGAGUUAAAGCGAGGUAGCGUUGGUGGAGAAUGUAAUCCUUACACAUUCAUUAAACGCUGGAAAUCGACGGACUUGGAAAUUGUUCAUUUUAUUUGUGGUCUUGGGAUUUUAGGCCCGCAACUCAGAGAUGAAAUUUUCUGUCAAAUUUACAAGCAGAUAAAUGGCAAUCAUUCAGAAAAAGCUCAACGUGCUUGCUGGACACUUUUCGCAUGCUGCUUGUCUUCAUUUCCUCCUUCUAAUGAGUUCCAUCCGUACAUGAUAAACAUUUUGAAUUCAGCUCCAGAGGUAGAGAGGGCGUAUUGCAGGGAUAAACUGGAACGGACACUUCUGCAUGGAAAGAGAGAUGAACCGCCAUCAUCAUACGAAUACCAGGCGAUACUCAAACGAACAUCUAUUAGAAUUGCAGUACAUCUACCAAACGCACAAAAAUGUACACUAAAUUUGGAUUCAGCCAUAACAGGUCUUGAAUUGAAAAAACAAAUGAAAUCAGCCAUAGGAAUCAUGGAUCUCUUUGGAUUUGCAUUCCAUGUCAGGAUUGGAAGACAGAUGCUGGUGAUUGUCUCUGGAGACGACCACGUGAUGGACGUUAUUUCAUCAUGUGAACAAAGAGCGAAGGACAUGCAAAUAGCCAGCUCGUGGAAAUUAGGAUUGUUCAAGGAAAUAUUUUCACCAUGGCAUAGCUUCGCAUCUGAUAAGACAUCCACAGAGCUGAUAUACAAUCAAAUAAUAACAUCAGUGAAGUCUGGGGAGUUUAAAAUACGCGAGAAUGGAAUUUUGGAGAAAAUUAUCGCAGUUCAUUGUUACUUACUACACGGUGUAAAUGCAAACAGACAACAAAUUGAACGAGUCACCAGAUCAUUUCACAUCAGUAUCACCAGAAAUUCGUCGACAAAGCAUAAACGUGGUUGGGUACAGCUGGUCGAAAACAGCUUUAGAAAGAAAUUUCGUCAAAGGGAACAGGUAAAUCGUGUCACAGCCGCGGGACAAGUUGUACAGUAUGCAAAAGUAAACCUGACCUGGGAAUUUUCUCGAAGUUUUCGAUGCACAUCUGUUGAUGUUGACUCAGAAGUGAGUUUUGAAGUCAACUGUCGCGACGUAGGGUUAUAUUCAGGAACAUCAAAUUUGUGGAAAAUCCUAUUUCCGGAAAUGAAGAAAGUCACAUUUGAGAAAUUCGAAAAUGAAAAAGUUGGGACGGUUGUAAUCCACACAAUCUACAAGAAGGAAAAACAAAUAAAAGCAAUCAAAGGCGAACAAAUACAUGAACUUUUGAAUUUCUUUUUAACGGGUUUGAGGAAGCGUUCUCGGUAUCUCCUGGCGGUCAAUGAUCGUUCAGGUACCAAAAGAGGAGGACUGAAAUUUUAUUCUGGAGACUUGAUUGUGUUGGAUAAAACAUGUAACGGCGAAACCCUUGAAGCCACUGGAGAAGGUUAUGGUACUUGUCAAAGAACUGGGUUAAGCGGAGACGUUUCAGGGGGAAUAUUUUACAUCAUACCAGUUAUUGAACCUCCAAAUGAUGAAUUGUUGGCGGUUUUGAGGAAGAGUGAACUGAAACAUGAGCAAGGACGAAAGCUGAGUCAACACGACACUUCAUCCUUGAGCUCAGGAUUGUUACCGCGAAUAAAACAAAGGGAUAAUAUGUCUGACGAUUCAAGUUCAAGAAUUCAAGGCUGGGUAGAGUCGAACGCAGCGCUGACAACGCAUGAAGUUGCUCACAAUGAUUUCAACGCCAAUGGCAUCUCGCCAGAACCGGAAGCAAUCGUUGUCAAUUCUUCUUCAGAACAACUACUCCGAAAUAUAGAUACUUACGAUGCCCGAGAUACAUUUACGGAGCAAAGAAACAAACGGCACGUUAUCAACUCCAGAAUUGAUGUUUCCAGAAGAUCAUAUAAGGAACUUGAAUCUGAAUUAUAUAGAAGCAAAAUAUACGUAAGUUCAAGAAACGUCGAGAAAGCGCAUGAAAAGCCUCCGUCGGUUGACCAAGAAAAAGAUUUAGGAAGUGAAAACGAAGUCGUGGAUCACGGGUCACCAACAGAUAAUGGAGUUCCAAAUGUAGCAAUUUCGUCCGAGGAAUCAGAGGUAUCUGAAAAAGAUAUAACCAAGGAAACAGCCUUCAUGACGGGAGACCUGGGAAUCUCGGCUGUUGUAGAGGAUCAUGUUAGUGUUUCACUGGAACAUGAUAUGCCAGAGAAGAAUGAAGAAAUUGACGGGAAUGUUCUACAUCAGAAUUAUGAAGAAGAUCUUGGAGAAGAUCAUGAAGAAGUUCAUGAAGAAGUUCAUGAAGACGUUCAUGAAGAAGAUCAUGAGGAAGAUCAUGGAGAAGAUCAUGAAGGAGAACCUGAAAAAGGCAAUGAAGAAGACAAUGAAAAAGACCAUUCUAUAGAACAGGUUUGUUGA